CACAAAUGAACAUUGAACACGUCAAAAUCAUUUUUUUUGCACCAACUAGUGCUACGAAAUGAUGUUUUGAAAAUGCAUUUGUUGACAAUAAUGCGAUUUCGGAACGCCUAGAAAACUCGCGGAGAAUUACAUGUGUAAAUUUUAGUGCAUCAAGUGUUAAGUGUAUUCAUUUCCAAUGAAGAUGAAGGCGGUUGUAGCGACUGUAAUCACCGUUGCGCUCACUUCUGUAGUGAUAGGCAAUGCCUAUUAUCAGAAGAAACAAUUUUACCCAUCCGUAGUUUAUUUAACUAAUUCCAAUCCGAGUAUGGCUGUAAUGUACUUACAAGCCUUUAUACUGGUCCUAUUGAUGGGUAAAAUUCUUAGGAAAAUCUUCUUCGGUCAGCUUCGCCCAGCCGAAUUUGAGCAUCUAAUCGAGAGGUCGUGGUAUGCCAUCACUGAGACAUGCCUGGCAUUUACAGUUUUCCGGGAUGACUUCAAUCCUAAGUUUAUAGCUCUGUUCACGCUUUUGCUUUUCUUGAAAGCAUUCCAUUGGCUCGCUGAAGACAGGGUUGAUUAUAUGGAGAGAAGUCCAGUAAUUGGGUUUCUGUUUCAUAUGAGAAUUCUAAGUCUGCUAACUCUCUUGGCCCAGUCAGAUAUGUACUUCAUCACCCAUGCAUAUUUGUUUACUGCAACCAAAGGGCCAUCAGUUCAAUUGGUUUUCGGAUUUGAAUACAGCAUAUUGAUUAUAAUGAUUGUGAACAUUUUAAUCAAGUACAUGCUUCACUCUGUGGACACUUACUGGGAGGCGCCCUGGGAGAGCAAAGCGGCUGUAUUGCUCUAUACGGAGCUGGCAAUCAAUUUCCUCAAGGUUCUUUUGUACGUCGGCUUCGUGGCGGUCAUGGUACGCAUCUAUACGCUGCCACUCUUCGCCUUCCGUCCGAUGUAUGAAACCAUGAGGAGUUUCAAGAAGGCCUACAAUGACGUGGUACUCUCGCGGCGCGCGAUCCGCAAUAUGAACACCCUGUAUCCGGACGCAACUGCCGUGGAACUGGCCGCCGCUGAUAAUGAGUGCAUCAUCUGCCGUGAGGAGAUGCACAGCGGUGCGAAGAAACUGCCAUGCAACCACAUUUUCCAUGCGGCGUGCCUUCGUCUCUGGUUCCAACGCCAACAGACUUGUCCAACGUGCCGUCUCAACGUCCUUCGCGCACCGGUGACUGAACCCGCCAACGCGAAUAACCCGGCACCUAACGCGAAUGCCCCUCAUGCCAACGCGCCCAACGCCAACGCGCCAGCUCAGCCCCCGCCCGCUGCACCUGUGCCGCCGCCCUUCCCGAACAUGCCGCCACCACCGAUGAUGGGCUGGGGGAUGCCACCGCCGCCACCACCCCGCCCUCUCGACCUUGCCAUCUUAAGUGUGGAGGAACUGCAACGUAUGGAAGGCACCGAGAGGAGGAACAUCGAAGCGAGAUUAAAGCUGCUUCGCGAGAUACAAGCUAUGCUGGACGCGUCGGUGCUACUCAUGCAGCAAUACUCCAAUGUGGUAUCCAACUUGCCAUUGAACGUCUCUAAUGUGGCCACGCAAACUGAAAUACACCGAACGGAAGCAACCCCGGAACCGUCGCCAGCGAAGGUGAAGACUGAACCAGACGUGGUGCCCUCCACUUCUGCAUACAUACCGACUCCUGGCCCAUCUACGAGCAGUGAUGAUUUCAACUUUGAUGCAGCUGAAGCAUCGCUGGACUCUAAUAUGGAGCAGUCAGAUUCUGAUGCUGAAGAGCUUAGAAGACGGCGAUUGCAAAAAUUCAGAGAAAUACAUUCAGAGAAGUGAAUGUGCAAAAAAAAAAAAAAAAAUUGUGUCCCAUUUUCUUAACUUGAUAAUUUAAAUGUACAAAUUGUUUUGGUAUGUGCAAGCAUUGUGUAUUCUAAUCAAAUAUAAAUGUAUUUGUGUUCUUGUAAAUAUAUCUGGAUAUAUACA